AUGUCGACGUCGACGCAGGAGGUGGAGCAGGACUGGAUGGCCGGCGACGAGGCCGCGGCGGCGUCGCCGCGGGCGCGUUCGUCGUCGUCGUCGUCGUCGCGGUACAAGGGCGUGGUGCCGCAGCCCAACGGGCGGUGGGGCGCGCAGAUCUACGAGCGCCACGCGCGCGUCUGGCUCGGCACGUUCGCGGACGAGGCGGCGGCCGCGCGCGCCUACGACGUGGCCGCGCUCCGCUUCCGCGGCCGCAGUGGCGCCGUCAACUUCCCCCGCCCCGCCGACGCGGCCGAGAUGGCGUUCCUCGCCGCGCGGCCCAAGGGCGAGGUCGUCGACAUGCUGCGGAAGCACACCUACGACGACGAGCUCCGGCAGGCGCUGCGCUCCGGCGGUGCCGGCGACCGCGCCCUGGCCCUGGUCCCCCGGGUGUCGCUCUUCGAGAAGGCAGUGACGCCGAGCGACGUCGGCCGGCUCAACCGGCUGGUGUUGCCCAAGCUGCACGCCGAGAAGCACUUCCCGCCGCUCGACGAGGGCGCCGACGCGGCCCCUCCCGUGCUGCUCGCCUUCGAGGACGUCGGCGGCGGGAAGGUGUGGCGGUUCCGGUACUCGUUCUGGAGCAGCAGCCAGAGCUACGUGCUCACCCGGGGCUGGAGCCGCUUCGUCCGGGAGAAAGGCAUCACCGCCGGAGACACCGUCGCGUUCUCGCAGGCUGCGGUCUCCUCCACCUCCGGCACCGACGGGGAGAUGGAUGCCAAGCGGCGGAUGUUCAUCGAGUGCAGGAAGCGGAAGAGGAAAGACGACGGCGGCGCGCGCGUCGUGAGGCUGUUCGGUGCCAACAUUGCCGGCUCCGCAAUCGGAGCUUCAUGCAUGUGUUGAACCACAUUGCAAACUGAGCUCAUGAACUCACCAUGAUCGACU